AUAACACCAGUCAGCCAAUAAUAACAUCCAACACUACUGGAGGCGCAGGAAUGUGUAAGGAUGACAUUAAGAUGAGCAUCAACGAGUCCGACAUCUACUUUUACAGAGGUUUCAAGGGGGAGUGGAGACUCCCGACUCUUCUACACGGCCUUUUCUUUAGUCUACCAGAAAACAUCGGCUCCAGCAGCCUCUAUAAUGCCAUGAACGUAACUUCAACGAAUCAUUCGAUAUACCCGCAACUAAAUUACACUCCUUGGGGAAGCACAGAAGUUUUACUUUCUGCAACAAAUGAUUCGAUCUGUGGAGUCUUCAAUGUCACUUUGUCUAGCAAUGGAGCAGCAAGUUCAAUUUAUGAAGUCAGAGUGAGGAACGACAAAAAUAUGAGUGAAAUACUAAAGGUAUGCUUAAAUUAUACAAGUGAACACAUCAGCCAACAAAAUUUUACCGAAUGCACGCUAUUCGCCUAGAGGUUUAUAAAACGAGCUGUGCACGACGUAGAAAUUUAUAAUAAAAUGC